CUUGAACGCCACCGCCUGUCAAACAGCCCGAGCGAGAAAAGUCGUCUACGGUACCGUAACCCACACAAUUGUUUUCUCGGUCCUCUCGGUCAGCUAUAGCCAAAUUGCGUUACGUGUGGAAAAUGUGCGUCGCGGUGCGUUGCGGAGGUAGUUGCAGUCGUCGCGUGUGAUAGUGUGUGUCCCUGCGAGGGGUGCAAGUGUCCGCAAUAUCAGCCGAAAAGACAAUGGAUCAGACCUCGGAGUCGACCACUAACCCUAUUAACCAGGGGUGUGGCCAACAUCCGAACAUAUCGCUGCAUGUGAGCCCCACGACCGGCGGCGAUUUCUACUUGAACGUCGAGCCCGACGUGAGCGUCGACAAUCUCAAGAAACUCGUCUCGAAAAGACUGAAACUGCCCAGGGACAGGAUCAGCCUGCUGUUCCGCGAUAAGCAACUGUUGGACGGCAACCUGAUGCAACACGGCAUCUCGCACGGAUCCAGGAUCACCCUGCUGCCCAACAUCGAGACGGGGUUGAUGGGUGGUUACAUUUCUAACAAAUCUAGGAUUCACUGCCGGACGCCACGUCCUGAGUACGGCAUAAUGCAGGCCCUCGAAUCCCUCAACGACAGCCAAGUAAACGAGUUCCUGUGCGGGAAGGCGCCCCUCAAUCUGAGCAUGCGCCUCGGCGAUCACAUGAUGCUCAUCCAGUUGCAGCUGUCGUCGGUCGCGGCCGCCGCCUCGUCCUCGUCCGCCCCGUCGUCGAGCCGCGACCAGCACCAGCAGGACCACCACCAGACCCAUCACCAUCACCACAACCAUCCGGUGGGGCACCAACACCAAAGAAUGGCGGACAGAGAGCCGCGACCGCACCAUCAGGACGACGGCAACUCGGACUCGCAUUCGGCCAGGAACACGACCAGUCUGUUGCAGGCGAGCAGGAAUUUGCAGCACACGCUGCGAAGGUUAUCGGCGGACGUGUUCUCCGGACCGAGUGGCAGAAGUCGACGUGAGAGCAUAUACUCGGGAACAUUCAGCGGCGCCUUGAAUCCAGGACUACAGGACUCGAGAGGACGGCCGCGACGGGACGUCUCCACAAUCGUACACAUUCUAAAUGAUCUCCUUUGUUCCGUGCCCGAAUUGCGGCGGGUCACCCGAACAGUUUCAACGAAAAUUAAAAGCUCGACUUGUCACCUUCCAGUGCGACCCGAGGAACCACCCACAAAUCCCAGUUCCUCGACGUCGUCCGCACGGGAAGAGAGCGAACCUGCCCCGUCGACGUCCUCGAGCGACGAUCACACACAACGCACGAGAGGCAAGCUGGAACAGCUGCGUCUGGUGAUGGGACAGAAGAGGGAGAGGCGCCGUCAACGCAAACAGAAACCGUACGCCUUACCGACGCCCCAGGCCGAUUCUGACACCGUGACGGCGUGAAGGGCGAACGUCCCCCUUACUGUACAUAGAGAGGCACACAGGACACCCACACCCGAUCCCCCACGAACACCGUCGCCCACCCAGAAUAAUGCGCAAAGGCUGUUCACAUAGCGGCGCCUUGGGAGACUCCGGCGCAUAAUGGAGUAGUAAUAAUUAAACGUUUACGAUCUGUAUGGUCGGAGAUUUGCUUGUUUAUAAGCAAUUUCGGCACAUAACCAGUUAUUAUUAGUAGUAUGUAAUUUGUUUUCCCGAUCGUAAAGUUUUUGUGCUGAUUGAAUCUUUAUCAAUGACCUUACAGAUGUAAAAAUGCCAGUUCAGUUCUCUCGAGGCGCCUAAUAUGAUUAAUUCGGUUCGUAUUCCCACAGUACACACUUUGCUAUUACUGAUUUCGCGAAAAGACUGCAUACAUUAUUGACGUUUCUUAUAAUAAUACGAUUUUAUGUUCCUAUUUUGAACUGACACAAGCCCUUCCAAAGCAUUUUUUAAUAUAAUGAAACGUAAUUCAAAGUGCUUGUACCUGUGAAUAGGCCACAUGCAAUAUAAUUUACAUAAGUGACCCAUAGUGCAAAUUUUCUUAAGGAUUAGUUCAGGACAUUAUUUUUUAUUUGUAGAUAUAUUUGUGAACCUACAGAAAUUUUUGUACAUAGUUAUUGUUUAAAGAGUUUCCGAACCGUUUUGCUUCAAUAUUCAGGGAUUUUAUCUCAAAUAUUACACCUCUGGAAUGUGCAACAAAAUUGAUUUCAAGUUUUGUUGUAUUAUUUCUUGCAAAAAUGUAUUAAAUCUGACUUGUUGAACCUGUAACCUAUAACACCAAUUCUGAACAUUGUAGAUUCAUUUUAUGUGACAUAGCUUCAAAUUGUUCACCUUACAAUUUGUGUCAUUGAAUUUUGUAUUACAUGAGUUUAAUUCAAAAUUUCAAAGAUGAUUUGAAAUUGGUGACUUCAAUAGUGGAUAAGUCUCUACAAGAUAUACAUUUUUGAUUACUGCUGUUUUUGCCAAAACACAAGAAUAUUAUAAAAUAAAUCAUUAAAAAUUUACAGAUCAGAAAUUACUUUUGUGGAAGACCAUAGUUGAGUUGGCUAUUGAUAAUUACAAAGAUGCCGUUUGUAAUUUUCAUUUCUAUUAAAACAACAUCAAAGCUUUACACUUCAGAAGUUUUUCUGUGGUAGUCCAUGGUCAAUGAAUUGUAGACAACAACUCAUACCUAGUUGUGUAUUUUUGUGUUUUGGCAAAUAAAGCAGUAAUAAUUGUUUAUUUUGUUGGAAUUUUGUCUCUGAUAUAUCUAAUAAGUUUUAGAUAGAAAUUAACGUCUCGAAUUUCGUACAAUUUCAAUGAGACUCUUUGUAACAUCAGAAUUUUUAUUACUUUUAACAACAGGAUCUGUUUUGGGUUUCAGUUAGUUUUAUCCAUGCAUUAGACGUGACCUAUAUAUCAUCUGUGAUUUGUUUUUCUUUAGUAAUUGUUGAAGAUAUGUCUCAUUUGUUUUAUUAGCUGUAAGCAGUUUUUAGCUGUCAUCUUACCUGUUUACUCUAUCAGUUUUAAUUACUUUAUUAUAAUAACAUUAAAGUUAAGUUCUUCCCCUUACUUAUACCUAGGUUUAAAGUACGCAAUCUAAUAAGUUUAUCACGUGUUUUGUUGCUGAAUUAUUUGUUUUUGUUCUGCGUAUUAUUGGCAUAGAAAAAUUAUCAGUUAUGUUCAAUAAAGUAUUUUUAAAAAUA